AUGGCUUUGACACCGAUGAUCCUCCACUUGUUGGACAAUGUCGACCGUCAGAUGUCAUUAUUCGACCGGCAUUUCGGUUUUGGGCUCACACAUGACGACCUGCUUUUCCCUCGUCCAUCUGUCGUUCCUGCUCCGUCUGGUUAUUACAGACCAUGGCGCCGUUUCGCAGCCCGUAACUCCAGGUUAUCUACCAUACAGAACAAUAAAGAUGGGUUCAAGGUUAAUCUAGACGUCCAGCAGUUCAAACCUGAGGAGCUGAGCGUAAAACUGGUGGUAGAGGCAAAAAAAGAAGAGCGUCGAGAUGAGUACGGUUACAUAUCGCGCCACAUGCAGCGCCACUAUUUGCUGCCGAAGGAGGCAGUGACUGAACAGGUGCAGACGCAACUGUCAUCGGACGGUGUCAUCAUAAUCACGGCACCAAAGAAGGCUCACCCUCCAGCAGAGGGUGGUGAGCGAGUAGUACAAGUAGUGCAGACGGGUGUUUCAGCAGUUACCAACCAGCAGUGA